UCCAAAACUAGGAGAAAAUAAGUGUCUGUUGUUUCAGCUGCUCAGUCUACAGUACUCUGUCAUGGCAGAAUAUCAUGAGCUGACUAAAACAAGAUCUAAGGGGAAAUCUACUAGGAAGGCCUUCUGAGAAGCUUUUGCUUCUCCCCUUUUACUUUAUGAAGAGUCAUUCCUAGGGAAGAGCAGGAGUUAAUCAAGGGAACUUUCAACAUUCACCCAGCUGCAUUUCAAGAUUCCCAGGGAUCGGCUUGGCACCUGUGGCUCAAGCAGCUAAGGCACCAGCCACAUACACCUGAGCUGGCGGGUUCGAAUCCAGCCUGGGUCUGCCGAACAACAAUGAUGGCUGCAACCAAAAAAUAGCUGGGCUUUGUGGCAGGUGCCUGUAAUCCCAGCUACUUGGGAGGCGGAGGCAGGAGAAUCACUUGAGCCCAGGAGUUGGAGGUUGCUGUGAGCUGUGAUGCCACAGCACUCUACCCAGGAUGACAGCUUGAGGAUCUGUCUCAAAAAAAAAAAAAAAUUCCCAUGGGUCAGAGAUUAUUAUUGCCUCAUACAUGUAUGGAAUAGGGAACCUGUGGCCUUCUGAGUUCAAGACUGUUCUUUUCUUUUCAGCACCAAAGGAUGGAAGAAAAGCCUCUUUUUUCUUUGCUACAUCCCUUUUAAUAAAAUAAUUUGUUCUGUAAAAUUUGGAUUUACUCAAAAGGUCACACUUAAGGAUCUAGAAGGCCACAGGCAAUUUUUUUUUUUUUUUAUCAGAUACAGUCUCACCUAUAUCGCCCUCAGUAGAGUGCUAUGGCAUCACAGCUCACAGCAACCUCUAACUCUUGGGUUUAAGAGAUUCUUUUGCUUCAGCCUCCCAAGUAGCUGGGACUACAGGCAUCCACCACAACACCUGGCUAUGUUGUUGUUGCAGUUGUCAUUAUUGUUUAGUAGGGCUGGGCUGGGUUCGAACCCGCCAGCCUGUGUAUGUGUCCAGUGCCUAGCUGCUGAGCUACAGGCACCAAGCCCACAUGCAAUAUUCUGGAUUUUAAGUGGAUGCUGUAAAGGGUUGAGACUUUGGAGAAACCUUUAAAUAGAAGCCAGAGAAGAGGAUCUUACUCAGAGCAGGGAGGUGGCAAGCUGGAUACAGAGUAUGAUCCGGAGUGGUGGAAAUCUGAUGAAUUAGGCAAGUGAUUGUGACCAGCCAGGAUGGAAGGAAGCCUUUCUAGAGUUUUUAGUAGUUGGAGGAAGCUGCAUGUUGAGUGGAAAGCUUGGAAGAAUGAGCAGACUUGAACAAAUGCUGGUUAGAAUGGAUUUGUUAUAGGUUUGGUGGCUGGUGAGACAGCCGUACUAAGAAGGUCUUGGUGGCCAGGCAGCUGCCAUUGUGGAAAGGUCAUGAGAAGGUCUUAGCAGGAGUCUAAAUCAUGGCCAUCUUAAUUCUGCCUGCUAGGAACAGAACUCCACUCUUGGAACAGGCUGAGGGAUUCAAGCACCCCAUGGGAACUGGAGUCAGGGGACACUGUGAGACCUGGCCCUGAUGGAUUCUUGUGAGAUUUAAAAUCCCAGCCCAGCAGGGUCUGAAUGCUGAGGAAACAAUCAGGUGAUCACCGAAGGCAACUAAGUUUGGAAUAAGGACCAUAGAAGGUGCUGACUGUGCUCUCUGUCUCCUAAAAAUACCACAGCACUACCUGGUGUCCCAGUGACACAUUGCAACAUACUAUCAUCAACAGCAAGGACUUCUGUUUAAAACAAAGGAGGCAGUGAGAAGUAAAAGGAGGACAUGGAAAUGAACAAUAAGAAAGAACACAGGAGGAGGAACCAACAGAAAAAUUCAGACCACAUGAAAAACCAAAACAGAGGAACUCCCCCAAGGGACCAUGAGGCAGCUAUAGUGCAGAAGACUUCACUUAGAAAGAAUUAAUGGUCUUGACAAAAUGGGAAUUUUAAAUAUGGAUGAUAAAGACAAUAAAAGGAAUGGACAAGAAAAUGCAAAAAAGAACCAAAAGUCAGACGAGAGGCACAACCCGUCCCAGCAUGGGCCCAUCCUGGUGUCCAGUUCGUGCAGACCUGAACCCAUGGACAUGGCUCACCAGGUUAUCAAGUGCAAGGCUACAAUUGCCUGGGAGGGUGGGAAGCCUCUCUCCAUAGAGGAGAUAGAAGUGGCACCCCCAAAGGCUCAUGAAGUUCGAAUUAAGAUCUUUGCCACUGCAGUUUGUCACACUGAUGCCUAUACGCUGAGUGGAGCUGAUCCUGAGGAAUGUUUCCCAGUGAUUUUGGGACAUGAAGGUGCUGGAAUUGUAGAAAGUGUUGGCGAAGGAGUUACUAAGCUGAAGGCAGGUGACACAGUCAUCCCACUUUAUGUCCCACAUUGUGGAGAAUGCAAAUUUUGUCUAAAUCCUAAAACAAGUCUUUGCCAGAAGAUAAGAGUCACUCAAGGGAAAGAAUUAAUGCCAGAUGGUACUAGCAGAUUUACUUGCAAAGGAAAGACACUUUUACAUUACAUGGGAACCAGCACAUUUUCUGAAUACACAGUUGUGGCUGAUAUCUCUGUUGCUAAAAUAGAUCCUUUAGCACCGGAUAAAGUCUGCCUUCUGGGUUGUGGCAUUUCAACUGGUUAUGGCACUGCUGUGAACAUUGCUAAGGUGGAGCCUGGCUCUACUUGUGCUGUCUUUGGCCUGGGAGGAGUUGGAUUGGCAGUGAUCAUGGGCUGUAAAGUGGCUGGUGCAUGUCGGAUCAUUGGCGCGGACAUCAAUAAAAAUAAAUUUGCAAGGGCCAAAGAGUUUGGAGCCUCUGAAUGUGUUAACCCCCAGGAUUUCAGUAAACCCAUCCAGGAGGUGCUUGUUGAGAUGACUGAUGGAGGAGUGGACUAUUCCUUUGACUAUAUUGGUAACGUGAAGGUCAUGAGAGCAACGCUUGAGGCCUGCCACAAAGGCUGGGGCAUCAGUGUGGUGGUUGGAGUAGCUGCUUCAGGUGAAGAGAUAUCCACUCGUCCAUUCCAGCUGGUUACAGGUCAUACAUGGAAAGACACUGCCUUUGGAGGAUGGAAGAGUGUAGAAAGUGUUCCAAAGUUGGUGUCUGAAUACAUGUCCAAAAAGAUAAAAGUUGAUGAAUUUGUGACUCACAAUCUGUCUUUUGACAAAAUUAACAAAGCCUUUGAACUGAUGCAUUCAGGGGAAAGCAUUCAAACUGUUGUAAAGGUUUAAAUUUACAAAAGAAAAAUGGUGUCCAUCCUGUUGUGGGGUCUCAUGGGAAGCAGCCUGAUGGGAAGAAGCUCUUCCAAGUUCACAGCCUCUCAGAUCUUCGCUAACUACUGUACACAAUAAUGUUAUAUGUGUAAUUCGUAAAUCUCUGUAAUCAAGGACAAGACUAAUUCAGUCAUAAAUCUAUUUUCUGUACUCUCCUUCACAUAAAUAAUUGCUCUCUCAUUAAAGAAUAUUUUAACAUAAUAAAAGU